AUGGCUUCGAGACUAUGUGAAUGUAGGCAGCCUGAUAUGGUUGACCAGCUUAUUCGUAAUGUUGGUCCAUCGAAGGCCAUGCCGGCAAUACAAGAACUUUUUGCAACCAAUUCGUCUGCUAUUGAAGCGAUGCCAGCAUCAACUUUAUGUCAGUACCUUCACUACGAUCUGCAGCGGCGAAAAGUAGCCAAAGUGGACGAAGGAAGCGCAGUUCACACGAUAGUGACGCGAGUACGGGCAGCUUUUGCCAAUGCUUCCGUGCAGGAUGACUGUGUGAGCGCCGUUCAGUUCCUCCUCGACAAACGAACGGCUUUUAACGUCCGCGAGCGCCUUGGUGCUAAGCUUGUAUUGACUGUUUUAUUUACGGAUCCGAACGAAACUAUGGAUUUGGACCAAACUGUCGAAGGUGUAUGGAUGCGCGGCUUACAAACGUCGCCCUUCUAUUCGAGAAUCGCGAUGACCGGUUCAGGUGGCCGUCGUGGCAGCCCUCUACAACAAUUUUAUACAUCUGAUUUGAAAAUCACUGCUAGCAAUCACUAUGAGCCAACUUCAAAGCAUAUGUAG